GUCUAAUCUAGGCUGCUAUAGUAUCUGCCGGCUUCGCUUCGGAAUGGUUUCCUGCGUCGGCGUGUCGCAGACAUUCGUCAGUGACUCGCAUUUCCCUGGAAGCCCAGAGAAGCGUUGGUGUAUACGCGACUCUGCUUUCGUAACAUGGUUUCAGACUCGAACUUCACAUUUUCGUCCAAUCCACCAAAUUCACUGCUAUAUACCGGCAAAGCAACAACUUGGCAGCAGUUCAAUUUCUUGCCCAUCCUCCCUUCGUCCGCAGCUGUUGCUUUCCUUAUAUGUACCGUUCUAGAUCGCCCAGCCAAGCCUCCAGAUACCUUAGGGCUAGGACUUCAUUGUCCGCCCAAGCCAAACGGGAUUCCAACGGCAGCAAAGGUACGAAUGGGUCCCCUGUACAGGCCAUUAUCUGGAGUACAAGGUCCACUGCAUGUGAACACGUGGAUUAUUUCUGGCCUCGGUGUUACCCAAGAAAGGCGAGAAUUAAGGAAAGCGGGGAGAGCUCCGGACAAUAGUGCCAGCAAACCUAAUGCUCCUUCUUCUUGCAGAGGCUGCAUUGAACCGUUCUCCACGGCUGCUGUCGAAUCGGAAUCUUGACAGUUGGAUAGCCGCCGGCGACCGCGAAGGGAAAAAUCGAGGCGGAAUGCUUCCUCCAAUGCCAGCGUUUCCUGUUGUGAUCUACACGCAGCAUCCUUGCACGGCGCCCCUGUCGACGCGGUCGGGAUCCAGUUUUGCUUUUCCAAGGCAAGUCAGCAACGGCCAGAACAGAGAGGUCUGAGCAAUCUUCAAUAGGAAAAAGCAGGUGGGGGGAAACGGUCCCGGG